AUGAGGUGUAGUAGCUGUUUUAGAACAUUGUCUAUAAAGAAGGAAAAACAACCUUCUAAUUAUAUUUCCAGUGAAAUUGAAGGCUAUUCUUUGGAUAAUCUUAAGCAUUUUUCUGAUAAAGAAUUGAGAUUAGCAACCGAUAAUUAUCAUUUAAGCAAUAAGAUUGGAAGAGGAGGUUUUGGAACUGUUUACAAGGGGACACUAAAAAAUGGAAGAAAGAUAGCGGUGAAGCCUCUUUCUGUUGGAUCAAAGCAGGGAGUUCGUGAAUUUUUGACAGAAAUUACAACCUUAUCAAAAGUUAAACAUUCAAACCUUGUUGAAUUGGUUGGAUUCUGCAUUCAAGGGCCGAAUCGUACCGUAGUUUACGAGUAUGUCGAAAAUGGCAACCUUCAUACCGCAUUACUCGGCAAAAAGAGUUCAAGCAUCAAACUAGAGUGGAGAGAAAGAUCUUCUAUUUGCGUCGGUACCGCGAAGGGUCUCGCAUAUCUUCAUGAAGAACUUGCACAACAUAUUGUACAUAGAGACAUUAAAGCUAGUAAUGUGCUGCUUGACAAAGAUUUUAGUCCCAAAAUUGGUGAUUUUGGAAUGGCCAAAUUAUUUCCAGAUGAUAUUACUCAUAUCAGCACGAGAAUCGCCGGAACAACUGGUUACUUAGCACCGGAAUAUGCAUUAGGUGGACAGUUAACCAAGAAGGCUGAUGUAUACAGCUUUGGAGUUCUUAUACUUGAAAUAAUUAGUGGCAAAAGCAGCUCAAAGACAAAUUGGGAUGGAUCACAUGAAUUCCUCUUAGAAUGGGCAUGGCAACUACAUGAAGACAAGAAAUGGUUGGAGUUAGUAGAUCAAGAGAUGGAAGAAUAUCCGGAGAAAGAUGUAAUCAAGUACAUUAAGGUUGCUCUUUUCUGCACACAAGCAGCCGCGAAAAGAAGGCCAUUGAUGACACAGGUUGUUGAUAUGCUCACUAAGGAAAUUCAGCUCAAUGAGAAGCAACUAACAGCACCAGGAUUGUUCAAUUAUGAUGUUGGAGAAUCCUCUCAAAAGAAAUCAAAUCCUGAAUCUGUAGUUUAUCACACAAGUUCUACUCAGGCUAGUAUUACUCAGGUCACUCCAAGGUGA